AUGGAGGUCCCGGAGCCACUCAUGGACUGCAACUUUCCGGAGAUGCUUGCAGGUGACUUGGGGCUGUCAGAAGAAGUGUUUCGGUCCAAGAAUUUAACGGCUGGGGCUCCCGCAGCUUCGCUGUCCGGCCAUGGAGGCAGGAGACACAACUCAUUGCAGGAUAGAUCCUCUGGACUGUUAUCGUCGCCCGAUCAACGACACGUUUUGGUACGAAUGAGAUCCUUACAAACCGUGGAAUCUGGCAAUCACCAAUUAGACAUGGCGUCUGGACGAGAAAGAAGGCAAAGCUUUGAGUCGACAUCGACAGACUCGUCGGGCGGAAUGGAGCCUCCAUCGGUAGCUGGGCGUGGCCGUGAAGUAUCGGUUGGCACGGCAGCAACCUCUGUUACGUCUGGCAGGUUUUCCGCCAGUGACAAGUCUAAUUCGCCGAUUGAUAAGAAUUCCAAUGGCAGCUGGACCGAUCUCCAACUUACAAACGACGCCCACCACAGUAGCAGCAUCAACCACAACAGUAGCAACGCCUCUCAGGUGGAGAGGUGCCAAUCCCUCAGCAACAUUCGACAACAGUCCAGCCCACGAUCGCCAUUGGAUUCACCACGUUCCCCACGGGAUAUUGGUGGCGAGCUGCGAACAAUUUCGUUGGGAAAUGGUAAACCUUCCCCAUCCGUCGCGGAGCCUCUGCCUGCAUUCAAGUCGCCAAUGAACUUUGGCACGAGCUUGAUGCAACCAGAGACUCCGUCGUCGUUCAACAGCAGCACCAGCACCAGCACGCGGCCUAAUGGGUUCCCUGCUCGACGUUCAUCACUGACGCAGAAUUCCGACUUUCUACGUGUGUCUUACCAACGCGCCUCUCCUCAUUCGCCGUCUUCAGUCCGCCACAGUUCCAUCAUCAACUCCAAUCUCAUGCCCACAGUCACCCCCACCAGACGACCAAGCUCAGCCGGUAACGCAUCGCCUUAUUCUAGAGACGAUGAAGCACGCAGCAUGUUGUCAUUGAACUCUGACGAUGAAGACGACGAGGAUGACGAUACCUUUGAUCAAUCCGUCGCGACGCCUAAGGAAGUGAAUCAAGUUGCCACACCCACCAUCGUUUCGCCCUUGGCCGAUAUUGAGCGAUGGGUCGACCAGAGCUCUAUUGAGUUUGGCCAUCUGCCAUCGCCGACAAAGGACUUCCAGGGCUCGCGUCUUCAUGUUGCACCAGAGGUACUCGACACUCUGCGCAUAUCGGUGGCAUGUUUUCCAGAGACCAUUCUGACCUGCUCGAGUCUGUCCAUUGAGACUAUCCGCGGCAAUGGCAAGAAAGUAAGAUUCCGCAAACUCGACAUUGCCGAUGACUCGCAGCUCUCCCUCGACUCGCCCGACGCUUCGGCAAAACCGUCAAAAUGGAAGUGGCUCACAACAAAGCGCGCGCCUGAGCCGAGUCCAACCAAACUGCAACCGUCCCAGAGAUAUCUCCCACCGCCCUUGGACGAAGCAAUAGAGCCACAAUCGCAAAAGGCAGUGUGGCAGUCGGUCAAGAACAUCUUUCCCAAGGGAACUGAUCACCUUUGCGACGCUCUCUAUGCCCACAUUCUGGCCUAUAACUACGUUACCUCUCUCUGCCCGCCGUCUACUGUGGUUACCCAGACAGCCCGUCCUGGCUCGAAGCAAUCAAGUGCACCUAGCAUUUCCGACAAGGCCUCACUUCGCUCGGAUAAUAAUAAGAUUCCCCACAAGGCAGCUACCCUCCUCGGUCUUGAAAAUGACCCCUCGACAACUGCUCCGCCUCGAGAUUCGUCUACCACGGCUCGCCCAGACACCAGACGUGGCAAGACAGGCUUUAUGCAAGGCAAACGCGAAAACACCAAGACUUUUGGCUCAGUGGCCAAUCGUACAUCGGAUGAGCACGAUCAGUCCCUCAAGGAUUUGCGAUAUGGCUUGGCAAAAUGCAUUGCGAGGCUGGUCGGCACACUGCGCUUGACGUCGGGCGAACCACUGACACAGUCGAAGAGUGUAAGGCCCGGAGACAUUAAGGAUAUUGACCCCUUAUUCAUUCGCGCGCUGUGUGAAGUUGUUCGAUGCAACGAGGAGGGCUGA